AUGCAAAAUAUUAAAACUGUCGUAGUCGGUGAUGGAGCCGUUGGUAAAAGUUGUCUACUUAUUGCAUAUACCACAAAUGCUUUCCCAGGUGAAUAUGUACCAACAGUAUUUGAUAAUUACUCUGCUAAUGUGAUGUAUAAAGGUAAACCAAUCAAUGUUGGACUUUGGGAUACAGCAGGUCAAGAAGAUUAUGAUAGAUUGAGACCAUUGUCAUACCCACAGACCGAUGUUUUUUUGGUAUGUUUUUCAAUUGUAUCAAGAGCUUCAUUUGAAAAUAUCAAACAUAAAUGGUAUCCAGAGAUUCAACACCAUAUGCCACAUGUGCCCAAGGUGUUGGUUGGCACAAAAUGUGAUCUCAGAGGAAGUACUUCGCGUCCAGAGGUUACAGCCAAGGAGGCAUUUGAUUUGGUCAAGGAAUUGGGAUUCACUACCUAUGUCGAGACGUCGGCACUCCAUCAAACCAAUCUAAAGGAACUCUUUGAUAAGAGUUUUGAAUCGGUGUUUAAUGCACCUUCCGUUAAAUCGAAAAAGGGUGUUAAACCACCACCCAUCCCACCAGUCAUGCCACCAGCUGGCAAAGCUCCAUGGAUGAACAUUAUUACAUCGAGUUAUGAAAAAGAGAUGAAGACAACAUUGGAGAGCCAAAACUUUGCAGAUGUCAAGUUUGUCUUUGCAGACGACCGUCCCAUCCUUGCUCACCGUGUCAUCUUGUGUGCAUCGUCCCAAGUAUUCCGUCGUUUGUUUGCCAUGACUACCAAUUCCGAUCAUUCUCCCUACAAACCAGAAGAUAUUGAAGAGGGACGUGUCAAAGGUAUCAAGUCGUUGAAAUCGGUGCCUUCGUCAACCUAUGAUGAUGGUAGUCUGUCGAGUGGAGAGUUGGUAGAGAUUGAAGUGGCUGGAUUCUCGCGUCGUAUCUUUUAUAGAUUCGUCGAGUUUCUCUACACUGGUUUGCUCAAUACAUCGGACCGUACCGAUCAAAUCAAAGAUACCAUGUCGAUUGGCGAGGCAUUCGAGUACAAGUUCCUCGUCAAUGCAUGCAAGAAUCUAUUAAAUGGCGCUGAAGAUCUCAACCCAUCCAUAUCAACCUACUUGAACGACGAGAUUGGUGAACGUGCCAAAGAGUUGUUUUUUAACAAAAAGGUGUACUCAGAUAUCCAGUUUGUCGUAGAGGGCAAGGUAUUGUACGCACACAAAGCCUUUAUCUAUUCGCGUUCACCAGUUGUCAAUGCAUUUGUAAACUCAACCAAAGACUUUUCCGAAAAGGAAGGGUCAACCGUAGAGUUGAGUGAUGGUAUUGGAUACGAACCAUUCAAGGCUAUUCUAGAGUACCUCUACACUUCUCAUGCUCCCAUUGAAGAUAAUGACAGUGUUGGUAUUUUGGUGCUUGCCAAUCGAUUUGGUCUCAGUCGUCUCAUGACACUCUGUGAAUUGUACAUUAGCAAGGAAAUUGAUCGUGCCGUCGCAGUUGGUAUUUUCCGUUCUCAAUUGGAUAUCAUCGGUCUCUACAUGUGUGCCAAGCAACACAAUUCCGAACAACUCACAAAGUUUUGUCUUCAUUUUAUCGCAUCCAACUAUCAACCAAUGACCAAACGUCCUGAAUUUAAAAACCUCGACCCCGAGAGUAAGCGUGUCCUAGAAGAAAAUCAAUGGCCACCAGUCUCUUAUCUUGAAGCUUGUGAAGAAUAUGAAAAAGAAUUGGAAAAGUAUAAUGGUACUGGUAAAAGUAAUUGUUCAUUAAUGUAA